UCUUUCUUUUUACGGAAACCUUUUGGAAUUUAACUUUCAGAUACAAAUACUUGGAGCAAUUGGCAUCCGAGGCACAUGAGAAGGAGCUGAGAAGCCGGAGUGCAAGCCGGGGUAGAGCUGACCUCUCCUUGGACCUGACCUCGCCAGCAGCCCCUGCCUCCCCUGCCCCUCUGAGCCAUAGCCCUUCAUCUCUAGAUGUACAAGAGGCUCUCAGGGUACCAUCCUCCUCCCCCGGAACACCUCAGCAUCUCCAAGCAAGUGCCGGGGAUCCUGAACCUGAACCAGAGGCAGAACCUGAGGCAGAGGUGAGGCAGGUGGCUGAUGAGGCUAGCCAGGAAAUAGCCCCUGCAGAAACAGAGAGCGAGGUGGAGAGAGUACUGGAGCAAGAGCCAGAAGAAAGAGCCUCCCUCAGUGAAAAAGAGAGGCAGAAUGAGGAGGUGAAUGAGAGGGACAACUGCUCUGCCUCCAGCAUCUCAUCCUCCAGCAGCACGUUGGAGAGGGAGGAGAAGGAAGACAAGCUCUCCAGGGACCGAGGAACUGGUUUGUGGUCCUCGGGCGUUCAGGAUGCAGGUAUAAAUGAACAGUGUGGCGACAUCCUCACCAAUAAACGCUUCAUGCUGGACAUGCUGUAUGCCCAUAACAGAAAGCCCACAGAUGACGAGGAGAAGGAGGAGGGUGAGCUGGGGAGAACUGAGCAGGGGGCGGAGGCGGUAGCCAGCCUCGCCAGCAGGAUAUCCACACUGCAGGCCCACUCUCAGGCCCAGGAUGAGAGUGUCAGGAGGGUGGAUGUUGGCUCUCUGGACAAUCGGGGCAGUGUGAAAGCCUUUGCUGAGAAGUUCAACAACGGGGACCUGGGGAAAGGAUCCAUCUCUCCCGAUGAUGAGCCCAAUGACAUAGUUCCGGAGAAAACCCCAGCACAGCCAAAGACAGAGUCUGACUACAUCUGGGACCAGCUUAUGGCCAAUCCACGGGAGCUCAGAAUCCAAGACAUGGAUUUCACCGACCUGGGGGAGGAGGAUGACAUCGACGUCCUGGAUGUGGACCUGGGUCACAGAGAGACCCCGGGGCCACCGCCCCCACCCCCACCCACCUUCCUGGGUUUGCCACCUCCACCCCCUCCACCCCUGUUGGACAGUGUGCCCCCCCCUCCAGUCCCCGGUAAUUUAUUGGCUCCUCCUCCAGUGUUCAGUGCUCCUCAGGGCUUAGGGUGGCCCCAGGUACCCAGGGGUCAGCCGGCAUUCACUAAGAAAAAGAAGACCAUACGUUUGUUCUGGAAUGAAGUUCGGCCUUUUGAGUGGCCGUGUAAAAACAACCGACGCUGCCGAGAAUUCCUGUGGUCGAAACUGGAACCCAUUAAAGUGGACACUGCCAGACUGGAGCACCUGUUUGAAUCUAAAUCCAAGGAACUGUCUGUCACAAAGAAAACUGCUGCCGAUGGAAAAAGGCAGGAGAUCAUCGUGCUGGAUUCCAAGAGGAGCAACGCUAUAAAUAUCGGUCUGACGGUCCUGCCCCCUCCAAGAACAAUUAAGAUAGCCAUUUUGAAUUUUGAUGAAUAUGCCUUAAACAAAGAAGGAAUUGAGAAAAUUCUAACCAUGAUACCCACUGAAGAGGAGAAGCAGAAGAUCCAGGAAGCUCAGCUGGCCAACCCAGAGGUCCCCCUGGGCAGUGCUGAACAGUUCCUCCUCAUGCUGUCUUCCAUCAGCGAGCUCUCAGCUCGGCUCCACCUCUGGGCAUUCAAAAUGGAUUAUGAAACUACAGAAAAGGAAGUAGCGGAACCACUUUUGGACCUGAAGGAAGGAAUAGACCAGUUGGAGAACAAUAAAACUUUGGGGUUUAUCCUGUCUACUCUGUUAGCCAUCGGGAACUUUCUAAAUGGAACUAAUGCCAAAGCAUUUGAGUUAAGCUACCUCGAGAAGGUUCCAGAAGUCAAAGACACAGUGCACAAGCAGUCACUUCUCCACCACGUGUGUACCAUGGUGGUGGAAAACUUCCCAGACAGCUCCGAUCUGUACUCGGAGAUCGGGGCCAUCACCAGGUCAGCCAAGGUUGACUUUGAUCAACUUCAGGAUAAUUUAUGUCAGAUGGAGAGAAGAUGCAAAGCUUCAUGGGAUCAUCUCAAGGCAAUUGCAAAACAUGAAAUGAAACCAGUGUUAAAACAACGAAUGUCAGAGUUCCUAAAAGACUGUGCAGAGCGAAUUAUCAUUUUAAAAAUUGUCCAUAGACGAAUAAUUAACAGAUUCCACUCCUUUUUGCUCUUUAUGGGCCAUCCGCCUUACGCGAUUCGGGAGGUGAACAUAAACAAGUUCUGCAGGAUCAUUAGCGAAUUUGCACUAGAGUAUCGCACCACCAGGGAGAGGGUUUUGCAGCAGAAACAGAAACGGGCCAACCACAGAGAGAGGAACAAGACCAGAGGGAAGAUGAUCACUGAUUCUGGCAAGUUCUUGGGCAGUUCUCCGGCACCUUCAAGCCAACCACAGGGACUGAGCUAUGCUGAGGAUGCAGCCGAGCAUGAGAACAUGAAGGCUGUACUGAAAACCUCAUCCCCCGCCACAGAGGACGCCACCUCCGUGCUGGGGGUCCGCACACGCAGCCGAGCAAGCCGAGGAUACACUAGUUCAUGGACUAUGGGAAUUGAUGACUCGCCUAACGUCACGGAUGAUGCGGCUGAUGAGAUCAUGGACCUCAUUGUCAAGUCAGCCACCCAAGUGCCCAGUCAGCGAGUGGUGCCUCGAGAGAGGAAGCGAUCCCGAGCCAACAGGAAAUCUUUGCGAAGAACCCUGAAGAGCGGCCUGACUCCAGAAGAAGCCAGAGCUCUGGGCCUGGUCAACACCUCAGAGUUGCAGCUGUGACACCUGUGGGGUGACCUGAGAAGUGUGCCCAAGGAGUGUGCAAACUCUUGCUGGAUGGAACCCCUCCAGUGGUGGGAGGAAGGGGGGUCUACAUUACCACCCAACAGUUCUGGAAAGGAAUGCUCAUUUCUGUGUGUCACCACAUGGCUUCUUUUGUCCAAUAUGCAUUGAUGUGGAUCGUGUCACAUAAUCUCUUUCAUCGUGUCAGCCGUAUUUGUCUUGUUUCCUUGAGACCUGGUUUAGUAGUUGCAAAGUGUGACACCUCUUCUGUGCAAGGAACAUCCCUUUAAAGGGGCAAAUGUCUUCUGUCACAGUUACUAUAGUAAUAUGAAGCAGUUUGACUAGAUUCACAGACUGGGUCUCCACAACACCAAAAUACCCAGAUGUAAACUCCAAAAUUGUACACGAAAGAAAGCACAGCUUGUUUACCAGUUGUGGAUUUUAGUUGUACUAAAAUGUUUAUACAAAUUCAUAAAUGUAUACCACGUUUCAGAUACUAAAUAAAUAAGAGUUUAAUGUCAUAACCAGAAACUUUUAUUCUCCUGAGUACAAGACGUUAAACAACCACACAGGCUCGUCUCUUUCCAAAUCAGCAAAACCUUUUCUCAGUUUCAGAAGAAGGACACUUGCUCAGA